UUUUCAGGUAAGAAUGGAAAUGUCUGAUUUGCAUCCUCCACGAAUUUAGAUUGAGAGAAAGUUUUAGAGAAAAAGGAAUUGAAUAAAGAAAUUUAAUACCACCAUUGAAAGUGGUCUCUUUCAUUAUUCCUUUUUUCCGCAGCUUUUGUUCAACAACGAAAUUACGCCUUCUUCCCCAACGCGUUUGGUCAAAUGUUUGUAACGUCGCCCAAUUCUUCGACCUUCUUUUGGUGGAUCUGGUCAGAAUCGGAGACCCAUUGGAGGCCUUUCCACUCCGCCUACUUUUGAUUUUCAAUUCAGGGUUUUCUCUCUCUCUUUUGGUAAAAAAAAAAAAAAAGAAUGGGAUUGCCUUAGCUCCUUCCAUUAUCCGAUUCUGUUUCUUUAAGGGGUUUUCUUAUUACCCUUUUCCCCUAUUCUUUCUGGGAUUUUGUUUUCAUGAUUGGAAUUGAUCAUCCUCGAGCUUUGUUUUGCGAUUUUUAUCAGAAAUUCUUGUUGGGCUUUCCGAGGGAUUUUUGUUUAGUUCUUGUGUUUUGACGUUCUGGGAUUUCGUGUUUUCUGAUAGUUUGAGUUGUAUUGGUGGUGAAUUUGUUGAAGGUUUGAAUUUUGUUUAGAUGGGUUUCUUUACUUGGGGUUAGGGAAAGAUGGAACCGUGAGGAUAUUAUGCUUUUAUAAUGACAUUUCGACGACUUAUGGGUGUUGCAAAAAGGAGAUGUUUGGUUGUUUUGGUGAUUCUCAUUUGUGCUUCUUUAGCAACUUGCUUGAAGGACCACGAGGAAGAGGAACUGAUUCUGACUCAACUAGCUGACCCAAUUAAUGGGAAUGUCAACACAGAGAUGGCUGAGCUGUUACUGGUUAAGUGCAACUUGGAUUUGUUUCAGUUAAAGGAAGCUGUAGAGGGUACUGACCUAUGCUUUGAAGAAAAACCCGGAAGCACAAAUGAAAUUAAUUUUGAAUGUCAGAUGCUGACAAAAGAGAAAACAAACAGAAUGCUAAGGGCCAUGCAUCCCCAGAUGAAGAAGACUCUUUUAGAUUGUCUAAGAAAGAAAUUUCAUGUCUCUGGGAAAGACUACAACUCUGAAGCUUGGUACACCAGGUAUCUGGAGUCAUUGCUUUUAAUGCCUGGUAGUAUUAGAAGGAAGUUAAGUUCUAGGUGGCAUCGAAGUGCUAAAGAAGUGCCUGCUCCGCCACCUGAAUCUUCAGCAGAUGAAAAACCUUCAAGGAAAGCUUCUAGCACAAGUAGUAAAAAAGAAAAGAAAUCUAAUAAUCAACAAACAGUCAUCAUCGCUGUUGUUGUAACAGCAACAGUGACUUUUAUUAUUGUAGCUCUGCUAUUUUUAUGCUAUAAUAAGAGUGGCUCCAGAGUGAAGCAAAAUGAUGAAAAUCAUGAAAGGCCUCUCCUAAGCUUGAGUUUAAGUUCUUCACCAAAAUAUUCUGCGUUUGGGAAUUCCCUUAAGGAUGACAAGUUCAUGAGUCAACCAUCUAGCUUGAGUCACCAUCAGAGAGCUUCAUCAUUGGAUGGUAGCCUGCACAUUGUCUCUGAUGGUGCACGUACUUCAAUCCAGGGACCUCCAUCUUUUGGAGCUGCUGGAGUUGCUAAUAAUUCAUCUUUUGGAUCAACGAAAAUGGCUGGCAGUACUAAUGGUUUGCUGCCACCUCCUCCAGGAGCAAUGCCAGUCACCUCAGAAAUUAUACCUCCUCUGAAGCCUCCUCCUGGCAGGGCUGUUCCCCUCCCUCCGGAACGCCCUUCGUCUUUUAAACCUCCAUCCAGCAUGGCUAGUCCUCCUCCCCCUCCACUGCCUCCUGCACCUCCUGCACCACCACCACCAAGACCUAAAAAUUCAGGGCACCCUCCAGGACCUCCUCCACCUCCACCACCCGUGCCAGGCAAGGCAGGCCCUCGCCCACCAGGGCCACCACCACCUCCCAAAAGUGGUAUUGCUCCUCCUAGGCCACCUCCAUUAGCACCCAAAGGUGCAACUCCACCUCGACCUCCGAAGCCUUUUGGUUCAGGUGAUGAUGAAAUGGACGAAUCGGGUGUUCCCAAAGCCAAAUUGAAACCAUUUUUCUGGGACAAAGUUCUUGCAAACCCCGACCAUUCCAUGGUCUGGCAUCAGAUAAAAGCAGGGUCUUUCCAAUUCAACGAGGAGAUGAUAGAAACUCUUUUCGGAUAUACGCCUGUAGAUAAAACCAAAACAGAAGGCAAGAAGGAGUCAUCAUCACAAGAUCCUGCACACCAGUACAUUCAGAUUAUUGAUUCAAAGAAAGCACAAAAUCUGUCCAUUCUUUUGCGAGCACUAAAUGUGACAAAAGAAGAAGUCUGUGAUGCACUUCAUGAAGUUGGAUCAGGAACUGAACUUCCUUCUGAACUUCUUGAGAAUUUACUGAGGAUGGCACCAACACCAGAAGAAGAACUCAAGCUUAGACUGUUUAGUGGGGAACUUUCUCAACUUGGAAAUGCUGAGCGGUUCCUUAAAUCUUUGGUUGACAUCCCAUUUGCUUUCAAAAGGUUGGAAUCGCUGCUUUUCAUGGGCACUCUUCAGGAGGACAUCUCCAUCACUAAAGAGUCCUUUGUUAACUUGGAGAUUGCUUGCAAGGAACUUCGGAGCAGCAGGUUGUUCCUCAAACUUCUAGAAGCUGUUCUUAAGACGGGCAAUCGGAUGAAUGAUGGGACUUUUCGAGGUGGUGCACAAGCAUUCAAAUUGGACACUCUAUUAAAAUUGUCAGAUGUGAAAGGAAAAGAUGGCAAGACUACAUUAUUGCACUUCGUAGUUCAGGAGAUCAUUCGCACAGAAGGGAUUAGAGCUGCCCGGAAUGCCACAGGAAGCCAGAGCUUCUCAAGCACCUCAUCAAAGGAUCUGCUGGACGGAACUACUAAUGACACCGAAGAGCAUUACCGUACCUUGGGUCUUCAGGUCGUCUCGGGAUUGAGUGGGGAACUUCAGAAUGUGAAGAAAGCAGCAACCAUAGAUGCGGAUGCCUUAACUGGAACUGUUUCCAAACUUGGCCAUGCACUCUUAAGGACAAGAGACUUUCUGAACAAAGACAUGCAGGGUCUAGGUGAAGAGAGUAAAUUUCACGAAACAUUGAAAGUCUUUGUGCAGAGUGCUGAGGUUGAUAUCAUGGCCCUCCUGGAAGAAGAAAAAAGAAUCAUGGAUUUAGUGAAAAGCACGGGCGACUACUUCCACGGAAAUGCAGGGAAGGACGAGGGCUUACGGUUGUUUGUAAUUGUGCGAGAUUUUUUGAUAAUGAUAGAUAAGACUUGCCGAGAAAUAAAGGAUGCACAGAAAAAGCAGGCGAAGGGACACAGAAAGGCAGCAUCGUCUUCUGAUAUCCACCAACCCUCGUCGUCUUCUGAUAUCCGCCCUCCUUCGUCUUCUACCGAUAGCAAUCACCCCCCUUUGUCGUCCACUGAUAUCCACCCUCCAUCUUCUACUGAUAGCAAUCACCCCCCUUUGUCGUCCACUGAUAUCAAUCACCCCUCUUCGCCGUCCACUGAUAUCAAUCACCCCCCUUCAACUAAAGCUUCUGAUCUACGACACCCUCCUUCUCCUGAUUUGAAUCAGCUGAUUUUCCCAGCAAUUACCGAUCGUCGGAUGGGUAACUCAAGUUCAGAUGAUGACGACGAGAGUCCGUAGGUAAUCAGUUGUUGAAAAGAUGUCCAACCGUCUGAAUUUUUAGGGUCCAUUUUGGUCAUAGGCAAGUUCUUUAGCAUUAUGAAGAAGCUCCAUGAAUUGCCAAUGUGACCGGAACACACUUAGACUUUUGACUUUGAUUUUUCUUUCACCUUAAUUCUUUUUGUAAAAAAUCCUUAGUUUUGACAUUUUUGGCAGUUGGGAGCAUUCAACAUAGUUUGUAGAUGUAGGUUGUGUUUACCAGGGUAUCAGUUAAUAUGUCUUCUACCUUCUCUUUUGA